AAAAAAUUUUGAUGAUUCGUUACCGCUUUUUGAAUUCACGAGAUAACAGGAAACGAGGAUAAAAAUUCAGUGAGAAAAAUGUUCGUAAUUUAAUAAGUUAUUCAUCAAAUUGAUCACACGUAACAUUUCUGCGAAAGAAAAAUGCGUUAAAAUACGUUAUUUUACGCCCAUUUUGUGACUGUGUAUCGACGACUGUUCUUCAUCGUUUGAAAUGGACCGGCUAAAUCAUAUCGCUUCGGAAGCUGAGAACCGUUUUUUAGAUAUAAGCCCUCAAAACUCACCUAGACCUCAAGCUUCCUCGACGUUAAUGGUAAAAGGAAACGAAAGUGAUUUCAUUAGCAAAACGCCCAAAAAACCGGAAUCGUCUACAUUGUUUUCAACCACUUCUUCUCUUGGAGUUAUUGACAUUGAUAAAGCAUCACUAUUAUCAGAAAAAGAAUUCGAUACUUGGAGUCCUCAACAAUCAACUCCAUUUCAUGAACGUUUAAUCUCGGAAUACCAGUCUCAAUCUUUGAACCAGUUGAAAAAACGACUCGAUGAGCUAUCGUUUAGGAAUUCUUCGUUUUCCUCGGAAUCUGUCCAGAAUGUUCCUGGCACUAGUAACGAAACUUAUAAUAUUUCUAACAAUGUGUUCCGGGAUAAUUUACGUAGCUCGACGUCUUCUUCUAAUCAAUUAGUUACAUCGAGUUCUUCGCAAAAUGGAGAAUUUCAAUCAGGUAAUUUGGCGGUACUGAAGUUGGAUGAAGAUCAAAAGGAAAACCGAAAGAUGUUCGCUUCAUUACCGGUUUCACCGAUGAAUAUUUCUGAAAACUCGCUGGAGAGUUGCGAUGAAAAAGAGAAGCAAUUUUCGGAAUUCGUUCAAAUGAAAUGUUAUCCACCGGAAGAUAUCUCUCAAAUACUACGCAAUAAAAUAGAUCAAACUUUCGAAGAAAGAAAGAAAGCCAAUGAACAAAAACAUGUCAGUUCAACGACGGAUACAAACCAGUCCUCUAAAGAUCUCCCGACUGUUCCGAAAUUGCAACCUUGUCAAUCAGAGACUUUUCAACGCCUACUGCAACAUUCGUUCAUGGAUACUUCAUCGUUUAGUUCCACUUUGGAUAUGUCUUCUUCGAACAGUAUCGCUAGUAUUAACGAAAUAGCCGAAUUAUUAAAACGACAAUCGCUUUUGGCGAUGCCGAAACGAGCUGUCGAAGAAUUAUUAUCUUUGGGUAAACCUAAAUCGAAACCGGCUAAUGUUGUUCCUUGUCCGAGUAAUCCGUCGCUGGAUAUUCCUUACAUUAGUUUGAGCGAAUUUUCUUCUCGAAAUACAACUUUAAUAAGUGCAUCAGAAAGCUUCAAUUUACGUGGAAAGCCAUCUGAGAAUAUCAUGAGCAGCACUGUUCGCGAUGACGUUGCAUCGAAUAUAGUAAAUCGUGAAAUUCUCCAGAAAACAUCUCCCGUUAAAAACAUCGACGCAACUUUAUCAAAUAACGCAGACUCCAGUAAACGUCUAUUCUCAAUAAAACUGCCAUCCAACUCAACCACAGAAAUAGCUACGACUCCAGAGGAUCAUCUAGCUCGAGACUUCAUCGACUUGAACGCUAUCUCUGACGAGCCAUCCACGAACGACACGACUGCUCGACAAAAUAACCUCAAAGCAGCUCCGAUGCAACGUAUCUCCAAUCACAGUUUACUAUCGGCCGAUGUUUUAGAAAACGACGUUAUAUUCGCCGGCACCUUAUGCGUUGGCACGUUGGCCGAAGUCAUCUGCGUAGUCGAAAAUCCAACCGACGAACCUCUAAAUUAUAAAAUUCGUCUUCAGUCGAUCGUUUCAACGGCCGGAGUUUCAUCUGGGUAUCCAGCUGCCUCAGUUAUGUUAGCUUCGACCCAAGACCACGUAGUAUUUCAGCCUCGAAGCGAGACCGAUAUCAACGUAAUGGUCACUCCUUUGGUCGAAGGCAAAAUACGUGUAACGCUGCAAUUGAUCAGCGACGAUAAAAAAUGCUCGAAUAUAAUCAGAUUAAUCGAAGUGAUCGGUGAAAUGCCCAAGUUCAGGAUACUCGAGCCUCGUAACGGAGUAGCCCAAUUCGGUGUACUGAAUGAAACGACGAAUAAAAGUCUCCCUCUGAUAUUACAAAACGACGGCACUUCCAAAUUACCUUUGAAACUAAUGCUCUACGAAACCGAUCGUAAUCCUGUAUGCUCCAAGGUGGUCGUCAACCCUGGCGAAACAUUACGCGGUGAAAUUCAUCUCAAUACGAGUCAUCUGAUGACGUUCAACAGUGAUAAAUUACGUUUGGAUGGAAAACUCAUUGUUUUUCUCGAUAAAACCGAAGGAAUUCCGUUGAAACUUCCGUUAAUCGAGACAAUACUUCUGACUGCCGAAAUCAUGAGAAACGAUUUUAUCGUAAUCGAUAACGAACUGCCUAUCGUUCUGAGAUCCGGGUCAGUUCUGCAGUCUGUGGUUGAAUUUUUAAACGUUAGAAAUAAUGGACCGAAACCAGUCGAUGUUUAUGCUGAAAUCGAUAAGUCUUCGGAAUUCAGUAUCGAACCGAAAUGUAUUCAGGUGUCUUCUCAAGAAAGCAGAACUUUCGAAGUUACUUUUAAACCGAAUUCGAUUAAUAAUUCGAGGGACGCUGAUUUGUAUUUAACAGUAAAAAAUACGAAUAAAAGAAUCCCAGUCAGAUUAAUUGGAAUUGUUGACAAUAAACCUGCACCUUUGUCUACUGUUAAUUCUCCAGCAAGAUCUCGUAAUCAGUCGUACAAAUCUAUUACAUCGAGUGGCUCUUCGUCCACCGGAAGUUCUGUAGCUUACGAUGGAAUAAUGGAACUGGAUUCCACUCACAGUUCAUUAUCCUGGGCAAGUGUUUCAAUACAUACGAGAAAAAUACAGACGUUCACGUUACGUAAUCGAAGCCCUUCUAAAGAAAAACUCUUGCUGACGAUUUCGGAUUCUUUUAAUUUUUUCAAAUUCGUGGAGAACGAAUCGUACGUCAAAGAGCUCAGAUUGACCCUGGAAUCGAAAGAAAGUCGUAAAAUAUCGGUUGCUUUCACACCCGCCGUUUCAGAUAAACCAAUCAACGGAAAAAUCACCAUCGUACGAAGGAACGUUUUACUCGAAUCGUCUUUGGGUGAUUUUCAAAAACGAGUGAUACCCUUAUUUGGGGUCGGAGGCAGUGUCAAAAUGGUCUUCAACGGUGUAUUCCAUGAUAACGAAGAUCGUCUGUGGAUCAAUUGCGAAUCACAAUCAUUCGAGACGAAAUUCAUCUUGGAAAACGUCGGAGACGCCGAAGCUUUCGUUAAAAUCACUUCCGACGAAUUGGAUGACCGAAUUCACCCCGACGAAUGCACUCUGCUGCCUUCGGAAUCGGUUGAAAUCAAUUAUAAUCUCAACCUGAGCACUGAUAGACUCGAUAUGCUCUGUAAACAGAAUUCUCAUAAGGAAGUAACUCUAGUUAAUAAAUUGACUGUGUAUUCCGGUAACGAAUCUAAUCGUCUGAGGCUCAAAAAAAUAUGGAAUAAGCAUCCAGAGUUCGAUAAAAUACAAAAGAUACGAGAUAAAAUGGAUAUUCUAAAUUUCGAUAGCACUAGUCGACUGCAAAUUGAUUCAUUACGCGAUGAUAAAACUGUGUUCUCGAAAUUAUUAUACGAAAGUGUAACCGAACAUACCAUAGGAGUACUCAUCCCUCGUCAAAAUUUAGAAAAUGUUUCACUCGAUUCGACGGUGAUAUUCCAAGAUUUAAAUAAUUUUACUAUAGAUCACGCGUUCAAUUGUUAAUUUAUCUUGUACUUGUACAUUCCAUUUUUAACAUUUUUAGUAUUUUUUAAAAAUCGUUUUACCCAAUAAAAUAUCGUGUUUUAAUUUAUAAAUAUACUAUUGUAUCGUUCGUAA